CCACAAAAAUUUGGCUUCCGCCCUCCUUACUUCCACCAAAUCUCCCCAAAUUCCAAAUCCUCGCGCCCCAACCACAAAUUCAAUCUCAGUCGAACGAAUUCGUUAUCCAACUCGUUACAAACCGUCCAUUAUCUCCACGUGUUCUCAUCACCUCCCCUCCUAUUUUUCCAUUCUGCCCGCUGCCCGAUUUCAAACCUCAAAUUCUCGAACCGGAUUCAAAUAAAAAAACCGAACCAAAUCCUAAACCGCGCGCGGCCUUUUUUUUUAUUUUCUCUUUUCUUUUUCCCUCUCAUUUCGAACUCUCCGCUCAUUCAAAAAAAAACCAGAAAUUUCUCUACAAAGCUCAAUGCCCCUCUUCUCCCCCGAACAUUCACCUCUCUCUCUCUCUCUACAGCUUCCUCAUUUUCUCUCUGUAGAAUCAAAAGCAGAGGUGCAAUGGCGGAUAAGGAGAACUGCUCCCGCCUCACUCGCGCUGCUGCGAAGAGGGCAAACGCUUCGGUCGCCGCCGCCGAGCGGCGGCCAGCGAAGAGGAAAAGGGUGGCUCUUGCCGAACUUCCGAAACUCUCGAAUGCUUUAUCAGAUUCAUCUUCACCUAAUCUCGUUAUCUCGAAAUCAAAGUUGAAAUCAAAGAAGGGUGGCAAAGCGGGCGACGUAAACGUGGGGAGAGAUGAAUCGGAUGAUCCUCAGUUAUGCCCUAAUUACGCUUUGGAUAUCUAUCGCUAUCUUCGAUCCAUGGAGGUUGAGGCAAAGAGGAGACCAAUGGCGGGGUAUAUUGAGCGAAGUCAGACGGAUGUGAACCCUAAUAUGAGAGGAAUUUUGGUUGAUUGGUUGGUGGAAGUUGCAGAGGAGUAUAAAUUGGUUUCGGAUACUUUGUAUCUCACUGUUUCAUACAUUGAUCGGUAUCUAUCAUUUAAUUCUGUUAGCAGGCAGAAGCUUCAGCUUAUUGGGGUUUCAGCCAUGCUCAUUGCCUCAAAGUAUGAAGAAAUUAGUCCUCCACAUGUUGAGGAUUUUUGCUAUAUAACAGAUAAUACAUACACCAAGAGACAGGUUGUUGAGAUGGAAAGCGAUAUUCUUAAAUUUCUCAACUUUGAAAUGGGCAAUCCUACUGUCAAAACUUUUCUGAGGAGAUUCUUGAAGGCCGGCCAUGAAGAUGGCGAAUAUCCAAGCCUUUUGUUAGAGUUCAUGGGAUCAUAUCUUGGAGAGUUAAGCUUACUAGAUUACAAAUGUGUUCAAUUUCUUCCAUCAGUUGUGGCUGCUUCAGCUGUUUUUGUUGCAAGAUUCACCAUCAGCCAGGAAAAUCCUCCAUGGAGCAAAAAGUUGCGACAGUGUACCGGUUAUAAGGUGUCAGAGUUGAAGGAAUGCAUCCAUUUAAUCCAUGAUUUGCAGAUGAACAGAAGAGGAUCUAAUUUAGUGGCUGUCAGAGAAAAAUACAAACAGCAUCGAUUCAAAUUUGUGUCUUCCAUGGUUCCUCCUCCUGUAAUACCUGCAACAUUUCUAGAGGAUUUUGGAGCGCAAGUUUUGUGAGAACUUUGGCUGUACAGCGGUGAAAACCUUGGUGAAGGUACCUCUUUUGGUAUAUUCAUGGAGUUUUGGAUCUCUGCUCUGCAAAACUCAUCAUGAGGCCUUUUGAUUCAGCCGGGGUUUGAGUUGUAAUUUGAAAUAUCACCAACUUGAAAGUGGAUAUAAUUUGGAUAUUUGUUUAGUUUGAAGUUGGUAGAGAAAUUUUGUAGACUUGUUUCAGAAACAGGAAAUUAUUUUAGAAUUCAGAAAGUUAAAGUUCUGCAAUUUUAUAUGU